AUGGGUCGAGAAUUGCAGAAGAAGAAGAAUCGGUCGUCGAUCAGCAAAGUCAAGCACAAGCCCAAGUCCAAGAAGAGACUUUUGCACCAUCCCAUCGUCGCCGAGAACUGGGACAAAAGCCUCACAUUUGCGCAAAACUAUGCGCGGCUGGGUCUCACAGCAAAGCUCAACAAGAGCACUGGUGGUACCGACAAGAAAGUGUCAGAUGUGCAGCGUGAGGCAGCGGGAGAGCGAAAUGCAUUUUCUGCAGGCCGCGAUCCACUGAAUAUCGCCUCAACUUCAAGGCGCAAUGAAAAGCUCGAUGUCACUGAGGCCAAGAUCGAGAGGGACCCCGAGACUGGUGAAAUCUUGAGAAUUAUCGAGCAGGGCGGAGGUGCGAGGGCCAACCCUUUAAACGAUCCACUCAACGAUCUGGAUUCGGACGAUUCUUCGGAUGGCGAGGAGAUUCUGAGCUUACGGAACCAGCAUGGCAACACAGAUAGUGCCGUGGGAGGAGCUGCGAGUGGGAAGACGGAGACAGUGCGCAAGCUGGAGGCGGCAGCGAAUCGGCCUGUGCAAAAGUACAAGCGCAGACAACCCGAGGGCGAGGUGGCUUUCAUCGAGGAACUGGUUGCAAAGUACGGAGAAGAUUACGGCAAGAUGGCGCGGGAUACAAAGAUCAACUAUAUGCAAAGGAGCGAGGGUGAUCUAAAGAAGCGGAUCAAAAAGUGGCGGGAGAGCGGAGGCAGGAUUGAUUGA